CUUUCCUAAUUAGAUCAAGCUUCGUCGUUAUCUCUCUCGUCUUUGGAUUUUUUCAUAUAUAAUUAUAUUUAUUUUCACGAGAAAUGGGAAGGGGUAGGGUUGAAUUGAAGAGGAUAGAGAACAAGAUCAAUAGACAAGUGACAUUCUCGAAAAGAAGAGCUGGUCUUUUGAAGAAAGCUCAGGAGAUCUCUGUUCUUUGUGAUGCCGAGGUUUCCCUUAUUGUCUUCUCCCAUAAAGGGAAACUAUUCGAGUACUCAUCUGAAUCUUGCAUGGAGAAGGUCCUAGAACGCUACGAGAGGUACUCUUACGCCGAGAGACAGCUGACUGCGCCUGACUCCCACAUUAAUGCACAGACGAACUGGUCAAUGGAGCAUAGCAGGCUUAAGGAUAAGAUUGAGCUUUUGGAGAGGAAUCAAAGGCAUUAUCUGGGAGAAGACUUGGAAUCAAUGAGCCUCAAGGAGCUCCAGAAUCUGGAACAGCAGCUUGACAUUGCUCUUAAGCACAUUCGAUCCAGAAAAAAUCAACUAAUGUAUGAGUCCCUCAACCACCUCCAUAGAAAGGAGAAGGAGAUACAGGACGAAAACAGCAUGCUUACCAAACAGAUAAAGGAGAGGGAAAACAUCCUAAGGACACAACAAAAUCAAUGGGAGCAGCAGAACCAAAACCAUGACGUACCACCGCCGCAACAGUUUCAACCCCCACAUCCUUACAUGAUCUCUCAUCAGACUUCUCCUUUCUUAAAUAUGGGUGGUAUGUACCAAGGACAAGAUCAACCGGCGAUGGGGAGGAACAAUCUGGAUCUGACUCUUGAACCCGUUUACAAUUGCAACCUUGGUUGUUAGGCCGCUUGAAUAGACUCCAUCGAUCUAUCAACCAUUAGAAAAUAAGAUAAGAUCGGUUCUCUACACACAAGAUCUAUAAACACCUUAACUAAUAGUAUCUAUUUGGCUUAUCCCAUGCAUGCUCUUAUAUUUGGCUUAACCAUGACGUACCACCCCCGCAACAGUUUUCCAUAUCAUAUCAACAUGAUGAAUCCUUUUUCCAAAAAUAAAAUAAAAAUCAAGAACCACUCAACAUUUCUUGUAUUUCGGGGAGCCAUAAAUGUAAUCUUCGGGAGCGGAGAGAGUGGGAAAACUAGAGAGAAUUAUUGUUCGAACCUUUUAUAUAUUAUUAUCUCUCAUCUUAUAUUGUAAUUGUAAUAUUUUUUUAGA